AUGAGAAAUUCCUCCAUGGAUGGAGGAAUUUCUCCAUUUCAUAACAUUCGACCAAAUGAAUGGACAAAACUAUCAGGCAACAAUGUUGGAGAACUUCACUACAGUUCAAUUCUUGGCUUUCCUUUCCUCUUCAAAUCUGGCCACCAACUUUCCUUCAUUUCCUUUGAGCUCAAGAGCAGCUCUGGGACCUGUUUCUCAAGAUACGUAAGUGGAUUUUUAGUCCAGAUGUCUUCAAAUUGCAAGAACUGUAGCUCAAAUGGAAAGUUGUGUUCCUCCAUAAAGCAAAAAAAGGCUUGGGAAUCAUUUCACAGAAGAGCAGAUGGUAGGAAAUGGGAGAGAUUUGUAGUCUUUUUAUUGCUUAUGGUUGCUGUGUGUGGGUUAUUUUGGGUCUUGACUAGCUCGAAUCGUGAUAGUUCCGAGUGGAAAAUGGAGACUCCAGUUUCAAAUGAAUUUAAAGAUCAAGUCUUGCCGGAAUAUUGCAAUGUGAGCAAGAAAGAGUUUCAUGCUUUAGAUUCUUUAUUCUCCCAAAGAGAUCGGGUUACUUCUUUGGCAUGCUGCAGAGAAUCUGGCUUUGAAAUGCCUACAAGUUGUAACAUCACACGUGGUCUCAAGAUCCAAGGUUCUCAGGCGUUAGAGAAGUGGCAUAAAAUGGUAGCAAAAAAUGUAGAAUUCAAUGCCCAUUGCCCAACUAGAGAUGAGAGCAUAACAUUUGUUGGCCUACCAUUUUCAAAAGACAAGACUGUGUCAUUCAUUUCACAGUUGGGGUUUUUAUCAAUCCCAUCUAAUCAUCUCUUUUACAGAAAGAAUGAAUUGCAAAUGAAAGAACUUCAAGAUCAUGCCACAUAUUAUUGUGAUAGCAAUUCAUUUGGUCUCGCGAAAAUAUGCUUGUGGAUUCUUGUCGGAGUGAUAAUAAGCUUCAACAUACCUAAGUUACAUGAAAAGUUUUCGAGUCGAAAGCAUGAAAUUAUCCAGGAAACACCAUGUGCUCAGCAAACUCAGCUGCUACAGCAGGCCCAAAGUUCCUCCAGAAGUACUGGGAAGUGGAGGAAAAAAAUGUUGAUUGUAUUUGUCUUAGCUGGUGUUGUUUUUUCCAUUCGGUUAUUUUGGUACUUGAGUGAAGAUAUAAUCUUGAGAAGGAAGGAAACACUGGGUAGUAUGUGUGAUGAACGUGCUCGGAUGCUCCAGGACCAAUUUAAUGUAAGCAUGAACCAUGUCCAUGCAUUGGCGCUUCUUGUUUCAACUUUUCACCACGGAAAGCAGCCUUCAGCUAUAGAUCAGAAAACUUUUGAAGACUAUACUGAGAGAACAGCUUUUGAGAGACCACUUACCAGUGGCGUUGCUUAUGCUUUAAGAGUUCGUCACUCGGAGAGGGAGGAAUUUGAGCUGCAGCAAGGAUGGGCAAUUAAGAAAAUGGAAACAGAGGAUCAAACUCUAGCUCAAGAUUGUAACCUAGAGAACUUUAGCGCUUCACCGAUCCAAGAAGAAUAUGCACCCGUCAUUUUCUCCCAGAAAACUGUCUCUCAUAUUGUCUCUAUUGAUAUGAUGUCUGGAAAGGAAGAUCGAGAGAACAUCUUGAGGGCUAGAGCUUCUGGAAAGGGAGUCCUAACAUCACCUUUCAAGCUACUGAAAUCCAAUCAUCUGGGUGUUGUACUUACUUUUGCCGUGUACAACACUCAUCUUCCUCCCGAUGCUUUGCCUGAGCAACGCACCAAUGCUACUGUGGGGUAUAUAGGUGCUUCUUAUGAUGUUCCAUCACUAGUUGCUAAGCUUCUACAUCAGCUUGCUAGCAAACAGACUAUUUUUGUAAAUGUUUAUGAUACAACUAACAAGUUGGCACCGAUUAAGAUGUAUGGAACUGAUGAGAUCGACACUGGGUUACUGCGUAUUAGUAACCUUGAUUUUGGAGAUCCAACUAGGAAGCAUGAGAUGCAUUGCAGGUUCAAACAAAAACCUCCUCCACCCUGGCAAGCGAUAACUGCAUCUGUUGGAGUACUGGUUAUCACUUUACUUCUUGGUCAUAUCUUCCAUGCUGCCAUUAAUCGAAUAGCCAAAGUGGAACGUGGCUACCGAGAGAUGAUGGAGCUCAAACAUCGUGCAGAGGCUGCUGAUAUAGCAAAAUCUCAGUUCCUGGCGACAGUUUCACAUGAAAUCAGGACUCCAAUGAAUGGAGUUUUAGGUAUGCUACAGAUGCUUAUGGAUACAAAUCUGGAUGCCAGACAACAGGACUAUGCACAGACUGCUCAUGCUAGUGGAAAAGAUCUGAUAUCAUUAAUCAACAAGGUUUUGGAUCAGGCCAAGAUUGAAUCAGGCAGGCUUGAGUUAGAGUCUGUCCCUUUUGAUCUGCGAGCUGUUCUUGACAAGGUCCUCUCACUUUAUUCUGGGAAAUCUCAGGAACAGGGAUUAGAGUUGGCUGUUUAUGUAUCUGAUCAGGUACCAGAAGUGGUCAUUGGAGAUCAGGAACGGUUUGGGCAGAUAAUUACUAAUCUUGUUGGGAAUUCAAUAAAGUUCACCCAAGACAAGGGGCACAUAUUUAUCUCUGUACAUUUGGCAAAUGAGGUGAUGCUUCCACUUGACGCGAGGGAUGAAGUUCUAAAACAAAGCUUAACCAUUGUUCAAGUUGGAUCAAAUGCUUCUUAUAAUACAUUGAGUGGGUUUCGGGCAGUUGAUAGAUGGAGAAGUUGGAAAAACUUUAAAAAUUUCAGUGGCAUACCAGAGGAAACUGAAAAAAUCAAAUUGUUAGUGACCGUUGAAGAUACUGGUGCAGGAAUACCUCUGGAAGCACAAGGCCGGAUUUUUAUGCCUUUUAUGCAGGCUGACAGUUCAACAUCACGAAAGUAUGGUGGAACAGGCAUAGGACUGAGCAUCAGCAAGCGUUUGGUGGAGCUCAUGGAUGGAGAAAUCGGUUUUGUGAGCGAACUUGACAUUGGCAGUACCUUCUCAUUUACUGUGACAUUCACAAAAGCAGAAGCCAAUUAUUUGGAAACAAUGCGGCUGCAAUGUGAUCCGGCUGUUCCAGAAUUUCGAGGACUAAAAGCGUUGGUCAUUGAUGAAAGAAGAGUAAGAGCAGAGGUCACAAGAUACCAUCUUAAGAGACUGGGAAUAUCUGUGGACAUAACUUUCAGCAUGGAAUCUGCAUACUCUUAUCUUUCCUGCUAUUCCAAGACAAGUGUGUUGGAGAAUUUAGCUAUGGUUCUCGUUGACCAAGACUGUUGGGAUAAAGAUAUUUGCUUUUUGCUCCAUAACCUGCUAAAGACAAUCAAACAAAAUGGCUCCAAAAAUAAUUCAGGGAUCCCUCUGAAAAUAUUCUUGUUAGCAACCUGCACAAGCUCUUCACAAAGGAAAGAGCUGAAAUUGGACAGGAUAGUGGAUAAUGUGAUAAAAAAGCCUUUAAGGUUAAGUGCGUUGGCAUUCGCCUUCCAAGAAGCUACUGGAUUUGGAAAGACAGGGCAUAAUACAAGGGCUAAACCAUCAACGCUGAGAACUCUACUCAGAGAUAAACAAAUUCUGGUGGUGGAUGAUAAUGCUGUGAACAGAAGAGUGGCAGAAGGUGCUCUGAAAAAGUAUGGAGCAUUUGUUACCUGUGUGGAGGGGGGAAAGGUAGCUGUUGGGUUGCUUAAGCCUCCCCACAAGUUUGAUGCUUGUUUUAUGGAUCUCCAAAUGCCUGGAAUGGAUGGGUAUGAAGCUACUCGAGAGAUCCGCAGUCUUGAGAGUGAAUAUAAUGAAAAAAUUAAAUCUGGUGAAGUAUCAGUUGAUAUGUCUGAAAAUUUGGCUCAUUGGCACACACCUAUAUUAGCUAUGACAGCAGAUGUGAUUCAAGCAACAAAUGAAGAAUGCAUUAAGUGUGGAAUGGAUGAUUAUGUAUCUAAACCAUUUGAUGAGGGGCAGCUUUAUUCAGCUGUUGCACGCUGCCACCAGGGACUUCCCUCUCUGCUACCCGACUCUGCCAUGACUUUGAAUGGAGGCUGA